AUGUCUAAAGAAUUGUUCUCCACAAAUAAAAGGCUUGACAAUUGUUUUUCCCGUGAAGUAUUACCUAAAGAAGGAAAAUGUUAUGUACCAUACAAAGAAUAUUGUCCUACCAAACAAAAUGGGAAAAAGGGAGAAUGUAGCACAAAUUAUGAAAAAAUUCGUGCUGGGUUUACAUGGUUGUUAAAUAUGUUCGAGGAUCAUUAUGAUUAUAAUAAUUCUGAAAAUGAUAUUGUCAAAUAUGCAGAAUAUGCUAUUUUAUGGUUAAGUAAUAUAGUAAAUAAAAUGCCAGGUGAAGGAAUCACCACAUUAAAAGGUUUUUAUGCUAAAUAUAUAAAAAAUAAUACGCAUUAUACUAAUUUCAAUAGUGACGGUAAAGAUUUUAGUAAUUCAUUAAAAGAAGGAACAGGAUGUGCACAUUUUAAGAAGUUCAUAGAAGAAAACGAAAAUUUCAUGAAUAUGAAUAUGAACACUGUGGUUAUGCUGUAUGAGGCAUUUGAAACCAUAUGUAAUAUGUAUACUGGAUUUGACGAAAAAACGAUAUAUUGCAAGAAAUAUUUGAAUUAUGCUAAAAUUUUUAUUGAUAUUUAUGGUUACCUUAAUCAAAUUUCUGAUAUCACUGAAGAUAGUCCAUAUCGUCAAGUAUUGUCUACUUUAUUAAAUGAUUAUAAUAAUUUUAAAAAGAAACAUUAUGAAGUUCAAUGUUCCAAAUCUUUAUCUCUUCCAACGAUAGAGAAAAUACAAGCUUCUGCACUAAGUUCUAAAUUUACAUUAUCAAAUUUGUCGAUAGAAAAAAAAUUAUCUAUAGUUUUAUCUAUAUUUGGUGUAAUAGUAUUUUUUUUGGGAAUUUCUUAUAAGUAUUCGUUAUUUGGAUUUCGAAAAGGAGCUCAAACAUUUAAGAAGAAAGCUAAAAAAAUUAAAAAGAAAAUGGAUAAUUAA